AUGGAUCAGCUGCGUCAAGAAGCUCGAGCGGUGUUGCAGCGAGACCCGUGGAAGCGACCGGAUUUCUUGCGGGCGGCGUUCACUGCGACAGCGAAGAAUGGAUUGGCCGAUCUGUGGCAGGACGUGUCAUCUCACGAUAGCGACUCUCAUCUUGAUGUCUGCGAAAGUCUCUACACAGCUUUCUGCUUCGUGGAUGGCUGGGACACACUUCAGCCAAAUGGUGACGGGCCGAAGUCACUGAAUAGGGCCGACACGGAGGCUGUUCAGCAAAUCUUCCACUGGGCUAAAAUCGAGACCGCACAGCAGGAAAGCCGACUGAGAUCGGUUCUGGCGAUCCAGCUCAUUCUGCAAUUGUCUGCAAAAGCUCCUGCUUGUCUCGCAGAUCGGUCGGUUGUGAGCUCCCCGGAAGUCGUGUUGGCCGCAGCCUGUUUUACCGACCAAAGCGAUGCGUGGACGACCGAGGACGCCUAUGAAGAAGCAAGCAUGUACCUCAACGUGGCUCUGCAGGACAACCGGUGGCGAAUCAUUGAGAAACUUCUCAAAGAGAAUCUGAGGCCAUUGUUCACCAAGGCUAAAAAUCCAGCCAUUACUAGUGAGGGUCGGAAGAAUUUCCAUCCUACGCCUGUCAGCCGAUUCGACGGGAGCGUCCUCGACGAUGAGUUGAAACCUUGGAAAUUCAAAGACAUUUAUGCUACAAGAGUCUUAGCCUGGGUCAUCUCGCAGUAUCAACCCACAGACAAAUCGCAAUUGGAAGCUCAUUUCCCACUUCUUGUGCCAGCGUUAUUGGCCUUGAUCGAUGAUAACAGUCUAUUCUUCAAGCGAAUCGGCUGUGAGCUAUUCAGCAAAAUUCUUCAACCCAUCCAGAUGAGUGGCUCCGACAUUCUGGUGCGGACAAAUUUAACGUCGGUCUUUGAAGACGCCAUCGCCCCCUGUCUACUCUCGUUGCCUACUAUCACGCCGGAGGACAGCUCUAUCAAGCUACUUGGGGCUGCAUACCCGGCUUUACUCUCGCUUUUCCAGACAGCAUACAAGUUUCCAUCGCCCAAGGCCUCGAAAGACCAGAGGGAGAAGGCAAGAGAGACAUAUAUUGCCAAGAUCACCAAGGUGCUUCGAUCGAACCUCAUCUCAUCCUUCCAUCAUAUCAGCUCAUCCACACCCACGAGCCUAUCAACCUCUGCCUCAUUUCCUCAUCCCCGUCUCUCAACGUUUUUCUUGGACUGGAUCACCUCUUUCAUGAAGGAGCUUGGGAUUCACACAACCAAAUGUCUCCAAGAAAUCGUCCCAGUGGUCUAUGCCACUCUAUGCAACCCUUUCGGCACAGCUCAUCUCCCACUCUUGCUCGCCGCAACAACUGCCACUAAACACUUGAUUUUGAACGCCCAUCCUCGUAUCUGGAGAUGGCGCGGUGAGCUCCUAGGUGCCCUAUGUGCGUGCUGGCUGCAAAUUCUCAGUGAGAAAGGAGACAGGCAGAAAGAGAGUGGAAAGGAAGAAACUUCUCAGUCGCGGGACUUGGAGAAGAUCAGUAAAGAAUUGCAAGUGACGGUCUGCGUCUUGAAACAUGCACUUCAGAAUCCUGUUCCUUUUAUCGCCGGCGAACCAGAUGCAGAUCAAAUGCACGUGAAGGAAGCGUUGGAGCAUGAAUUGCAGAUAUUGGUUGAAGCAGAUAGCGAGCUGAAAGGCCUGCUUGACGCCGAUGUGAAGUCCUGA